AUGUCUUUGGCUGACUUGUCUGGUCAAUUCAAUUUCCCUAAGGAGGAAGAGAAAAUCCUCGAGUUUUGGAAGGAAAUCGAUGCUUUUCAAACUUCCCUGAAAUUAAAUAAGGACAAGCCUGUCUUUGCCUUUUAUGAUGGUCCCCCUUUUGCCACAGGUCUUCCUCACUAUGGCCAUUUGUUAGCUGGUACUAUCAAGGACAUUGUUACCCGUUAUGCUCACAACACUGGUCACCAUGUCGAACGUCGUUUUGGUUGGGAUACUCAUGGUCUUCCUGUUGAAUACGAAAUUGACAAGAAGUUGGGUAUCACUGGUAAACAAGAUGUAUUGAAUAUGGGUAUCGACAAAUAUAAUGCCGAAUGUAGAGCUAUUGUGAUGAGAUAUGCUGGUGAAUGGCGCAAGACAGUUGAACGUAUGGCUCGUUGGAUUGAUUUUGAUAAUGAUUACAAGACUUUGAACACUUCUUUCAUGGAAAGUGUUUGGUGGGUUUUCAAGCAAUUGUUUGAUAAGGGUCAAGUUUACCGUGGUCAAAGAGUUAUGCCUUAUUCUACUGGUUGUACUACUCCUUUAUCCAACUUUGAAUCCUCUCAAAACUAUAAGGAUGUCAAUGAUCCUGCCAUUGUCGUCAGUUUCCCUUUGAUUAGCGAUCCUUCUGUUCAACUCUUGGCUUGGACUACUACACCUUGGACCUUGCCUUCUAACAUGGCUGUUUGUGUUCACCCCGACUUCGAAUACAUCAAAAUUCAUGAUGAGGCUUCUGGAAACACUUAUGUUUUGAUGGAAAAGCGUCUCAAUAUGCUCUACAAAGAUCCUAAGAAGGCCAAGUUUACUAUCCUCGAAAAGUAUAAGGGUACUGAUAUGGCAGGUUGGGAAUAUAUUCCUAUGUUUGACUUCUUCGCUGAAGAAUUCAAGGGUAAGGCCUUCAAAGUCUUGGUCGACACCUAUGUUACUGAUGACUCCGGUACUGGUAUUGUCCACAACUCUCCCGCUUUUGGUGAAGACGAUUACCGCGUCUGUCUUAGCAACGGUGUCAUCACUGCCGAUGGUCACCUGCCUUGUCCUGUCGACGAAUCUGGUGUCUUUACUGAAGAAGUCACUGACUACAAAGGCAUGUAUGUAAAAGAUGCUGAUAAGGUUAUCCAAAAAGACAUCAAGGCCAAGAACCGUAUGAUUGUUCAAUCUCAAUUCAUGCACAGUUAUCCCUUCUGUUGGAGAUCCGAUACACCUUUGAUCUACAAGGCUGUUCCUGCCUGGUUCGUCCGUGUUGCUCCUAUCAUUGACAAGAUUUUGGCUUGCAAUGAGCAGAUGCGCUGGGUUCCUGCUUUUGUUCAAGAAAAGCGUUUUGCCAACUGGAUUGCAAAUGCCCGUGACUGGAAUAUCUCUCGUAACCGUUACUGGGGUACUCCCAUUCCUAUCUGGGCCAGUGAAGAUCUUGAAGAAAUUGUCUGUAUUGGUUCUGUUGCCGAAUUAGAAGAACUCAGUGGUGUCUCUCCCAUUAUUGAUCUUCACCGUGAAAGCAUUGAUAACAUCACUAUUCCUUCCAAGAAGGGUAAGGGUAUCCUUCGCCGUAUCGAAGAAGUCUUUGAUUGUUGGUUUGAAUCUGGUUCUAUGCCUUACGCUCAACAACACUAUCCUUUUGAAAACGCUGAAAAGGUCCAAUCUUCUUUCCCUGCUGAUUUCAUUUCUGAAGGUAUUGACCAAACCCGUGGUUGGUUCUAUACUCUCUUGGUCUUGUCUACUCACUUGUUUGAUAAGCCUCCUGCAAAGAACGUCAUUGUCAGUGGUCUUGUGUUGGCUUCUGAUGGUAAAAAGAUGUCCAAGCGUCUCAAAAACUACCCUGAACCUGGUAUAGUCAUGGACAAGUUUGGUUCUGAUGCCUUGAGACUUUACUUGAUCAAUUCUCCUGUCGUUCGUGCUGAAACUCUCAAAUUCAGAGAAGAAGGUGUCAAGGACGUUAUCUCCAAGGUCUUCUUGCCUUGGUAUAAUGCUUACAAGUUCUUCCUUACUCAAACUGCUGUCUUAAAGAAGGACUUUGGUUAUGAAUUCCAAUACGAUUCACACAUCAAGAAGUCAGACAAUGUCAUGGAUCGUUGGGUCUUGGCUUCUUGCCAAUCUCUUAUCAAGUUCAUUCGUGAAGAAAUGGGUGCUUAUAGACUGUACACUGUUGUACCUCGUUUGUUAAACAUGAUUGAUACUCUCACCAACUGGUAUGUUCGUUUCAACCGUAAGAGAUUAAAGGGUGAAAAUGGUUUGGAUGAUGCCAAAUUGGCCAUGAACACCUUGCAUGAGGUUUUGUUUACCUUGUGUCUUACCAUGGCUCCUUUCACUCCUUAUUUGGUUGAAAACAUGUACCAAAACCUCAAGAACUUUGCUCCUAAAAACCCUAAUGUUGUUGACGAUCGUUCUAUUCACUUUUUGGACUUCCCUACUGUCCGUGAAGAAUACUUUGAUCCUGAAAUCGAACGUGCUGUGGGUCGUAUGCAAGUUGUUAUUGAGCUGGGUCGUACCAUUCGUGAACGCAAGAACAUUUCUCUCAAGACUCCUUUGAAGGAAUUGGUCGUCAUUCACAGUGAUCCUCAAUACCAUGCUGAUGUCAAGGCUCUCGAGUCCUAUAUUACUGAAGAAUUGAAUGUUCGUACUCUUGUUGUGACUGAUAACGAAGACAAGUAUGGUGUCAAGUACAAGGCUGAAGCUGAUUGGAAAACAUUGGGUCAAAAGCUCAAGAAGGAUGCCAUGAAGGUCAAGAAGGGUCUUCCCGAUUUGACAAGUGACCAAAUCAAGGAAUUUGUGCACACCAAAGAAAUUAUUGUUUCUGGUAUCAAGGUCACUGAUGAAGACUUGAACGUUGUUCGUUACUUUGAUGCUUCUGAUGAUGCUCUUUAUGAAGCCAACACUGACAAAGACUCUUUGAUCUUGAUGGAUGUCAAAUUAUAUCCCGAAUUGGAAGAAGAAGGUAUUGCUCGUGAGAUCAUUAACCGUGUUCAACGUUUGAGAAAGAAGGCCAACUUGUUGCCUACAGAUGACAUCAACAUGUAUUACCGCUUCACUACUGAUUUGUCUGCUGAAUUAGAGGCUGUUAUUAAGAACCAAGAAGCUACUUUGGUCAAGGUUAUCAAGAAGCCUUUGCAAGCCUUUGAAAAGAUGACUUCUGAUGAAAAACUCAUUGCUGAAGAAGAACAAGAUGUCAAUAGUAUCAAGUUCAACCUCAUCUUUGCCAAAUAA